AUGAAUGAUGAUCAGAAAUCCGAUAUUAAACUUGAUCAAUCGGUCGCUAGCAAUGGAUUGUUUACCGUUAUAGAACGGAAACCUCUUUCAUCAUUAGAAAACAAUGAAGGAUUUAAUGGAAAUAAUUAUGCUGAGCCAUUAAGUAACUCGAUAGAGGGUUUAAUAAAAAAGAAAGAAACAGAAAAUACCCCAUAUAAUGAUAAUAUAUGUGAAAUAUACAGAUUAAAUAGUUCACAAUUUUUAAAUGAUAAUUGUGAAAAUACUGUUAGUAGAAUAAGUUAUGUUGAUGAUGAUGUAUCAUCAUUUUAUGAUUCAGAAAAAGAAAAUGAACUUUAUUUUGAUAAUGAUAUAUCUACUUUAGGAUCAUGUUAUUCUGUCGCAAGCCCAUUAAAAUCGAGAAGUAAAAAAGGAAGAAGUAGUAUAAAUAGUUAUGCAAAAAAUACAAGAAGAAGUAACAGUUAUGACAACAUAAAUGAUAUAUAUAAUAAUUCAUAUAAACAAAAAAGUUCUAAACAUAGUAAAUAUAAAAAUAAUGAUAACGAAGGAGAGCAUGAUAAAAUUCGAAGAAAAAAAGAAAGAGAUUAUAUUUUAAAUGAAUAUAAUAAUGAUAUAAAAAAUGAAAAAAAUGAAAGAUACAUACGUAUUGAUAGGUCAAAUGAUAAUACAUUUAGUGAUGAGCUAGUAGAUUCCAAAAAUAGUAAUGAUGAAAAAGCAAUUCGUAUUAAUAAAAAUAUUUAUAGAAUAAUUAAUUUAAAUAAAUCAGAUAAUAUUGAUAAAGAAAAUUUUUUAAAAAGAAUUACAAAAAUAAGAAAAAGUAUGAUUAAAAAUAUGGGAUAUGAUAAUAGUAAAAUGAAAAGAAGACAAAGUGGAAAUACAAAUAAUUCAGACUUAGAUAAUUUAAAAGAUGUUGAUGAAAAUGAUUAUAUUAAAGGUUUGUCUAAAAUUUAUUUUAAUAAUGAAACAGAAAAUUAUACAAAUUAUAACAGAUUUAGUGAAGGACAUUAUUUAAAAAAAUAUAAAAACAUCUCUCGAUAUAAUAGUGAUAAAAAAGUUGGAUAUAAAGAAUCAAAUAGAGAUAGAGACCAUUAUAUUUAUUUAAAAAAUGCUAGAAAUCGUGAACCUAUUGAAAAUGAUUCAUAUUAUAAUUAUGGACAUAAUAAUAGUGAAGAAGGAAAUAUACAAAACGACUAUCCCAAAUAUAAAUAUCAUGAAUAUAACCAUCGAAAUAAUGAAGAAAUUCAAAUAAAAAGAAAUUAUGAUAUAAAUGAAAAUAUACAAUAUGAUAAACAUAUUAAUAGAAAUAUAUAUGGAAAAAAUGGAUUACCACAAAAGUAUGGACAAUAUGAAGACCCAGAUGAUCAAUAUAGAGGUACCAAAAUAAAACAUUACAAUAAAAAUAAUCCAAAUAUAAAUGACAACGAUUGUAAUGAUAAUUAUAUGUAUAGAGAGGAAGAAGAUAAAUAUAAUUAUAAUAAUGAAGGAGGUAGAGAUGAAAAUGAAAAAGUCUAUUACAAUCGAAAUAGUAAAGAUUAUCAUUAUGUUAAUGGAAGAGAAAAUGAUAUGGGUAGAUAUGGUGAAUAUAAAAAUAAUUAUUAUAAAAAUUAUCCUAAUUAUAAUUCAAAAAAAAUGUAUAAUAAUAUGGGAUAUGAAUAUAAUGAAAAUGAAGAAAAUCGAAAUAUAUAUGAAAGAGGAGGGAGAGGAAAAAGAUUUGACUAUGAACAGAAUAAUAUUAAUGAAAAUAUUUAUAAUGGACAAUUUAGAACAAGCUUAAAAAAUAAAGAAUAUGAUGAUAACAUGUAUAAUAAUAAUAGUUACAAUGAUCAAAAUGAAUUUUAUUAUAAUAAUAGAAAUUCAGAUAUGGGACAAGGAAAUAAUUUAUAUAAUGAUCAUAUGCGUAAUUAUCAAUAUGAUAAACAAUUUGAAAAUGAAAAUAAAAGAGGAGACAAUAAUGAUGAUCAUAUUUGUAGUGAUAUGGAAAAAGGAUAUAGAUAUUCUAAUGAAAAUAAAAUGAAUGAUGAUACACAAGAUCAAUCAUUUUUCAAUAAUUCCUAUAACUUAAAUGAUGAUACAAAACAAAAUAAUAUAAAUACAAACAAUGAAUCUGAUGGAAUACAAAAUGUCAAUAAUGAGAAUGGCCUAAUAAAUGAUAAUAUUAAUAAGCAUCCAUCAAAUAAUAUAAAUCAACAGACUGGCGACAUAAAUUCAACAGGAUUACCCAUAUCUACUGCUCCUAUGCAAACAGUCCCAUUGCCAGCAGUCCCAUUGCCAGCAGUUCCAAUGUCAGCAGUUCCAUUACCAGCUGUCCCAAUUUCUACCAUCCCUAUUCCAACAAUUCCUGGUGCUCUUCCCACCAUCCCAGUAACAGGUGCAGUAACCGGAGCAGUAACCGGAGCAGUAACCGGAGCAGUAACAGGUACAGUAGCCGGUGCAGUACCGAUGCAAGGAAUUCCAUUAUCUGGUCAGUUGCCCAUAAAUACGGGUCUUCCCAUUCCGGGUCAAAUUCCCAUCAAUCCAGUAGAGGCCCAAAGUGGGGAUCAACAAUCCCAAGUUAAUCAACAAAAUCCUGAACUGCCAGUAAAAAGAAAGAGAGGACGUCCGAGAUUAAAAAAAACACCACCAGAUGAAAUACAACAAAAUGAAAAUCAAAAUAAUAUAACAUCUUAUCAAAUGGGAAAUAUAAAUAAUGCAAAUAAUAAUUUAAUGAAUGAUAUGAAGCAUCAAAUGUAUGGUGGAACAUGUAGUAAUAAUAAUAAUAAUUUAAAUUCAGUUAUAAAUACAGGAUAUAAUAAUCAUAUUGGACAUCCAAUAAAUAAUCAUUUAAAUAUUCCUAUAGAACAACAAAUACAACAAGCAGUAAUAAAUCAAACACAUGGACAAUUAUUAAAUUAUCAGAUAAAUAAUUCUACACAUCCAUUAAAUGGUCAAAUAUCAGAAUCGCUAGCUCAACAAUUAAGUCAGCCAAUGGUUUCAUCAUUAGUACAUCCAUUAGUAUCACAAAUGGAUCAACAUACAAAUAAUCAAAUAAACCAUACUAUAAAUCAACAAAUCCCACAUUCACUUGUUCAACCUAUAAAUCACCAAAUGAAUAUGAAUACUAAUCAAACAUAUAAUCAUCAUAUGUAUGCAAAUAAUAAUAUGAGCAAUCCAAUAAAUCAAGCUAUGUAUAUGCUACCAAAUAUGGUAAGUAAUAAUAAUAAUUUAAAAAACAACAAUUUUAAUCAUAAUUUUAAUCAAAAUAAUAAUUACAAUAUAAAUGAAGAUCAAAUUGGACAAAUGUAUAACAACAACUUUGAUAAAGAAAAUGGAAAUAAUUUAGAUCCUAAUAUAUAUUAUAGAAAUAUAGAACAAAUGAAACAAAAUAAAGAUAAUAAUUUAUAUGAUGAAGAUAAAGAUGAAAAUGAAUUUACAAAAAAUAAUAUUAAAUAUGCUAGAUCAUCUGUUAGUGAAUCAGAUGAUAAAUAUUCUGAUAAAGAAAAUAAGAAAGUUCAUAAAAGGCGUGGAAGACCAAGAAAAUCAGAUAUCGAAUUCCAAGAAGGAAAAAAUAAUUCUAUUGAUGAAUAUAAUAAUAAAAGUGAUGCAAAUAAUGAUAAUACACAAAACGAAUCUCGAGAAGAGUCUGGCUAUUCAACUUUUAUCGAUGAAAAUAAUAAAACCGUUUCUUAUCGUGUGGCUUAUCACCCGGCAGACGCAGUAUGGGAAAAAAUUUCAGGAGUUAAGUUUGGCCCAAUGAUAUUAACAUCUCAGAGCAGAACAACAAAUGUCAUUUUGUCUAAAAAACGGUCGAUUGAAUUGGGAAACAUUUUGCACAAUCUCAUAUAUGGGUACAUAUACAAAGGCGACAAUGUGAGACUAACAAUUGGAAAGGAAUCAAAAAGCGUUCAAAGUGGAUCGUCAUUUUUUUUACCUAGCUACAACGAUUGCAGCAUUCACAACGAUGAUGAGAUGGGAUCCGCCAAAAUAUUUCUAUGUUUUGUCUAUCUAAAUUAG